AUGUCGAACUCGGCCGUCGGAACCGUCUACCAGGCCAUCAUCGAAGAGGUCAUCAACAGCUCGCGCGUCGACUUUGAAGAGAGCGGCGUCGAGGAGGCGGUGCUCGAAGAGCUGCGACAGGGGUGGCAGCAGAAGCUGUCCCAGCUCGGUGCCGCCGCUUUCCCCUGGGAUCCCAAGCCGGAACCGGUGCCGCCUAUGCAGCCGGUUGAGGCCGCUCAGCCUGCGCCCGCGGCGGCGCCGUUGAUGCCGAGCCCGGGUCACGCUCAGACUCAGUUUUCGUCGCAGAUACCACUCCCCAUGGUCAGCGCCACCGAUGGCUCCGUCCAGAACGGUGUCAAGCAGGAGGGAAUCAAGCAAGAAAAUAUCAAACAAGAGCCUGGUUCGGGCCCGGGUGCCAUACCCCCGUUUCCCACCUACAUCGGCAUGGAGAACAAGAGCGUUGCUGCCAACCGAGCGGCGCAGCAACUGCAGCUUCAGUACGGCAUGAGAGCCGCCGGCUCCAUCAACGCCAUCCAGAACCUCGGCCAGCAGGGGGAUCAGUCCCAAUCGCAAGCAGCCGGACAGGCCGCGAGCCACAUCAGGAACGGCCAGACCGACGGAGCCGGUGACGACGACGAUUCCUUUGAAGGUGUACUUGUUCAGCGAGGUGCCGGUGGCCACGUGGAGGAGCUCGGCAGAGUCGAGAUUGACCGCAUGCUGCACGAUCAAAUUGCCGCCAAGGCCAAGGCCAUGGAGGCCGGUGGCCUGAUGCUACCCCUCAAGGAGGUCACCAAGCACCGCGCGGCGCCGGCCGGGCGCGGCAACGACAAGGGCGUCCGAGUGGCCGCUUACGACGGCGGAGACGACGACGACGACGACGUCGACGACGAAGACGCCAUCAACUCGGAUCUCGACGACCCCGAGGACGACCGCGACGAUGACGAGGUCGACGACGAAGGCCUGGGCCACAUCAUGCUCUGCAUGUAUGACAAGGUCCAGCGCGUCAAGAACAAGUGGAAAUGCACGCUCAAGGACGGCGUGCUCACCGUCAACGGCAAAGAAUACGUCUUUCACAAAGCCACUGGUGAAUACGAAUGGUAG